AUGGGGACAGACCCCUUGGACUCCGAGGGCAGGGGCCUUGGGACGGACCCAGCUCUCAGCCCCAGUUUGGAGGAGAUGGAGGCUGCUGGUCCCAGGGCCACAUGCCUUUGGGGGCAAGAAGUGAAGUCAGAGGGGAAGAUGCCCAGAAGCGGAGCCACAACGAAGGCCUUCUCGGAGGCAGAAAAGGUGGUGCCAACGGUGAGCUGCCUCCCAGGGUCCAGAUGGGAAAAGGCAGACUAUAUUGAGGAGAAGGAAGGAGAGGAGAAGGAGGAAGUGCUGGGUCCAAACCGAGGAGCUGUGGAGCAGGAAUUGCUUCUGGGCCUCAGUCCUUCGGCAGCCUCAGUUCCGCUUGCCCUCCCAGGCCAAGGCCAGGGUGGGUUCAGGUGGGAAGAGGGAGACUAUAUUGAGGAGGAAGGAGAAGAGAAGGGGGAAGUCCUGGGUCCAAACCGAGGAGCUGCGGAGUGGGAACCUCUUCUGGGCCUCAGUCCUUCGGCAGCCUCAGCUCCCCCUGACCUGGAAGGCCCUCUGCCCAGCAGUGCCAACAUUCUGGAGUCCAUUGAAGAGGCUGGGCAUGGGCUUCCUUUAGGGGGUAGCACAGGAGCCGAGUCUCUGGUUGACACCUUGAAGGAUGCAGUACUCCACAGACAAACAGAGAAUGUAAACACAGAGGAGGAGACUACAAAGGAAGAAACUGAGGAGGAGGAGGAAGUGGGAUUGGAAUUGUGUUGCAUCCAGGUGGAGGAGCCCCUUGAGGAGGUGGAGUGUCCCAUCUGCAUGGAGGCGGAGCAGUCUGAAGGCGAGGAGAAGGGGAUCGCAGAGGAAGAGGUCGAGGAGGAGAAGGAGCAAAUGGUAGUGGAGGAACUUGAAGGAGAAGAUGGGGCAACAGUGGCACUGGAGUCCUGUUGCCUCCCAAUGGAAGAGUCCCCAGAGGAGCCAGAGUGCCCCAUCUGCACGGAGCCCUAUGACCAGGAGGCCCACCGCCCAGCUCCCCUGAACUGCAGUCAUGUCCUCUGCGGCAGGUGCCUGCAGGCCAUCAUGGAGGCCGGCAGCGCUGCUGACAUCGGCCGGGUGCGCUGCCCCAUCUGCCGCCAAAAGACCCCCAUGAUGGAGUGGGAGAUCUGCCGGCUGCAGGAGGAGCUACUGCUGCUGGGGGCCUCUGAGGGUCCGACUGAAGAGAUCCCCGUGGCAGCCUCCCUGCUCUUCCACCCGCUGCCCCCUCGGCGCCCGGGCUUCUGGGGUGGCCUAGAGCACCGUUUCCGGGUGCGCUUUCUCACCUCGCGCACUGUAGGCUGCCUGCCCUGCCUGCGCUACCCUCCGGGCCUGGUCCAGCGCCUGGAACACUUGGAGGGACGCUGCCGGUGGGGCUACCGCCUGGCUCUCUUGGCCUUGACGGCGGCCGAUGCCCUCAGCCUCCUGCUGGUCUUCCUCCCCAUCGCGCUCCUGCUCCUCCUUUUCCUCAUCAUGGACCAGUAGAGGAUCUGGAACCAAGGC